AUUACUUAAAAUAUCAUAAUAUAAUUUUCGUAGAUGAUAUCUUAAUAUCUGUUCACAACUGAUUGCUAAAUGUUAUAAAUCUGCUUAUUGAUAACGUAUCUGUGGAGUGGUGAAAGACCGGUAUUGCCUGAGCUCAUAGGGAUGGAAAUUUUUAUUAAUUUAUGUUUUAAUUUCCAUUCAUUGUCACUUUUUCAGUUUUUUGAAAAGUGGAAAAAUAAUCAAUAAUUUUCAUCUUGAACGCUAAAGAUUUUUUUAUGACAAAAGGUAAAGAAGCUUACAUCUUAAACCUAACAAUAUUCAAACAUGCUUGAAACUUCCUCCAUAGAUGACAGACCUUUUUCCUUGUCUCCUGAUGAUCCAAGAUUUAGAAUUACUCCAACCCAGCAGAUGGCUGCUGCAUGCUCUGGAGCAUUGAUAACAUCUUUAUUUGUUACUCCAUUAGAUGUGGUCAAAAUUCGAUUACAGGCCCAGCAGAAAGCCCUUGUAGCCAAUAAAUGUUUUCUAUACUGUAAUGGUCUCAUGGAUCAUAUGUGCACUUGUUUAGGAAAUGGAAAUGGCACUAAUAGUCAAGAUUGGUAUAAGCGGCCAAGCCACUUUAAUGGCACUCUUGAUGCUUUCAUUAAAAUUACUAAAACAGAGGGUGUAACAUCAUUAUGGAGUGGAUUGAGUCCUACAUUAGUUCUCGCAAUACCAGCAACUGUUGUUUACUUUGUGAGUUAUGAACAGCUUAGAACGCGUUUGUCAGACUGGGCCAAUUCUUCCAAGCCUGUCGGGACACCUCAGCCAAUGUGGUCACCAUUGGUUUCAGGAUGUACUGCUAGACUUUGGGCUGCUACUGUUGUCAGUCCUCUAGAACUUAUUCGAACAAAAAUGCAAUCUAAACGACUUAGCUACUUUGAGGUCCAUGAGGCACUGAGAAGUCUUUUGAGGUAUCAUGGUUGGACAGGACUAUGGAAAGGUUUAGGUCCCACCCUUCUUAGAGACGUACCAUUCUCAGGAAUAUACUGGGUCACCUACGAAAAACUUAAAAUAAUAAACAAUAAUAAAUCAUCAUUUGGCUACAGUUUUUUGGGAGGAAGUUUUGCAGGAAGUGUUGCAGCAUUAGUUACUACUCCAUUUGAUGUAGUGAAAACGUAUAGACAGAUAGAAAUGGCUGAAAAAGAAAUUAUUACUGAGCCACCAAAGUUCCUUGGACAGUCUACAUUUUCUGUUAUUCUGAGCAUUUAUGAGAAGAAUGGUGUUCAAGGUCUGUUUACUGGACUCAUUCCACGGAUCAUCAAAGUAGCUCCUGCCUGCGCUAUAAUGGUUGCCACUUUUGAAUAUGGCAAGGCAUUCUUUCAAAGGCACAAUCUUCUGGAGUUUCAAAGAGACAUGCCUUUACAUGUCAGAAAUAAUAUGAAUUCAGUGAAUGGAAACACAUAAAGCUACUUUUAUAUUUUGAUAUUGUUAUGUGAUGUUAUUUUACCGGAAAAAAAAAAUUAUGAAUGACGUUGAUUUUUGUUAUUACUGUGUAUAUAGAUGUUUAUAUAUUAAACUAUUGUUAA